AGCCAAUCCGCUGUAAGAAUUCUCACCGACGGUAGUUGCUGUCCGGACGGCAGAGUCGGAUUUCGCGUGCAAAUGGACAAGCCAGCGCCGGCGCCCCAAGUCCUCGACAACCUCCCGGUAUGCUUCAAGAUCGACGAAGCGGCGCUGGUGCCUGGUGCGGCCUCGCCCACGCCGGCGUGCGCCAUGUGGACAGGCGUCUUUUACGGCACGUACCAUGGGUCGCCCGUCCUCAUCAAGGAGGCCGCGUUGGCGGACGAUGCCAAGCAGCGCGAGAUCUACCGCGUCGUGCGCUUGGCCAUGGACAUGUAUCAUCCCAACAUCGCCCAGUUCUUUGGCGUGAGCUUCAAUAACCCGGAGAAGAAGCGCGUACGCUUGGUGAUCGAGCGGCUCGAGCGCGGCGACUUGGCGGCCAUCUUGGCCAGUGACGAAGAGCUCUCGGUGCAGCGCUGCGUGCAGAUCAUGUGCGACGUCGCCUGCGCGAUGUCCUACUUGCACGCGCAGGCCAAGCCGAUUUUGCACCGCGACUUGCGCGCCGCCAACGUGCACAUCUCGCACGACUACCGCGCCAAGCUCGUCAACUUUGAAUUCGGCGGCAAGCUCGGCCUCGACAAGACGCUGAUCGGGACACCGGCGUGGGCCGCGCCCGAGAUCUUGGCGGGCGACGCCGACUACACGGAAAAGGUCGACGUCUACAGCUUUGCCAUGCUCAUGAUUGAGAUUAUGAACCGCAAGGUGCCAUAUUCCGAAGAGCCCAACGACCUGCCCGCGCGGAUGCUACUGGAACAAAUCGUCAUGCAAGCCCGCCGCCCGCGCAUCAUGGAGCGCGAGAGAUGGCCGCGGCCGCUCCUCCACCUCGUCGACUCGUGCUGGCAGAAGGACCCGACCGUGCGCCCGUCUUUUGAUGGCAUUGCGACCAAGCUCCACGCGAUUCUGAAGCCCCCAUCAAGCCCCACGAAGCGUCUCAAUUCGGCUCGGUCGACAAAGGUUGGGACGACCACUGGCAGCGUCGAGGACAGCGAAGAUGGAAAUGCCAAGCGAGCCCGGUGCGCAGUUGACAGUCGCGAUGACCCGUCGACGUAAAGCCCUCUGCAUCGUAUCGUAGUCGACGGAGUUUUAACUGGCUGGUAUGUACACUAUUUAAAAAACGCUUACAUAUUGUCUAUCGCUCGAGCACCUCAAUGUGAGUAGUUUGUACGUGUUGCUAGUACCUGCAGCGAGCAAGAACGCGACGACGAAUAUGGUUGCGCAGCCGUUCGAGCCAGUUUGGACAAGGCAACGACGCGCCUAAUCGCUAUCCAAUCACAAGCUGUUCCUAAAUCGUUUAUAUAUUGUCAUGCAAAUAAGAGCUUAUUUGUUGUUGGUA